GGGGACGCAUUGGCCGCGCUCGGUGGGCGUGACUGCGCGCCUCCCACUCCUUGGCGUAGCGCGGCGCUGAUUGACAGUUGGCGAACGACUGCGGACGGCGCAGGAUCUAAAACCGCGCUAGGCGCUGCUCUCCACGCUCGCUCGCUCCGCUCUUCUCUUACCCGUGGAUGUACCCGGUGCUUUUUCGUGGGGGAAGAACUCGAAACACGCAUAUUCCCGUGGCUGCCUUUGCCCGCCGGCCCGCGCGCAACAUAUACACCAACCUUCCACCUUCUGUCCGCCGGAGUUACGAGUGGCACACGCAGUAGUAGUUACGGUUAGGGAGGAGGGUCGGCCGCCGUCUCGCGGACAGCUCUCUCGCGCGUCACCUCUUCUCUCACUCCUCUGCGUGACCGGUUCGUUCGUUCAGUAAUCGCCGCGAGGAGGAACGCGCUUCUUCUUCCGCCGCGGACUCCGUCUACGACGCGAUAUCCGACCGUUUUCCCACAUUCGUCGCGUGGAGAAUCAUCGGUAAAUACGAAUCGAACUCGGUUGUGUCUAUCGUGUUAUUAUAUCGUCGUAUAUUUAAACGGUAAACCACGGAGAUCUGUUUGGCGCGCUACGGGACGACAUUGAAAAGGAAAACAAGAGAUAAAUCGUGCAACACAUCCAAGCUACUUUCGAGGCUUGAGUUUUCGUUCGUGUCGCGCGACACGCGACCACGAACGAAUCUUCGAUUCUACGAAUUUUCGGAUUUAACAACAGUGAACUUUGACGCAAUUUCGCCGCACGAGAACCUCGCGUAUUUCUCCGUUCUCUUCUCAUCGAGUAGAGAUCAUCGAAUCGUUGAAGGAUCAUCGUCGAGAUAUCGGUUGUGUCUCGCGUCCGAGUUCUUUCGAAGCCACGCAGUGUAUCACGCGCGCGAUCCUCGUCCACGCGAGUCCAACGCCAUCCAUUUGUGCUCCAUUUUAUCGAUUUCUCAUCACAUCAGUGCAUCCAUCCGAAACUGCAACAACGCCUUGAAUUCGCGCCAAUGAUCGACGGUGUAUCGAAGGAUAUAAACGUGUCCACCGCAGUGACGUACAUACGCAUAUCUUUCCGGUGUUUAUCCGUGCCGUUUAUUACUGUGAAAUAACGUAACCCAGUGCAUCCUCGGAUCUCUCCUCUCCGACGGCCAACCCGAUACCCAACUCGUGGACCCGAUACCCAUAGUGGACAUCAGCGAGGCGCAUCGGAGUAUCCGUGAUAAUCGAAGAUCGUGUGACGAAUACACCUUGGUGACGAAUCAUAAAACGAAAAGAAGAGAAAUUCAUCCUCUCUCUGAUUUCUCUCAUCCGUCUGGAAACUCGAACAGCCCCCCUCCCCCUUACAAUUUUUCGUACAUUUACACCUUUAAUGCGUUAUCAACCGAGAGAGGUCACCUUACCCUGGAAACACGAGUUUAAGGGGAUUGGAUCGAAAAAUUGAUAUUCGGGGAAAGAGAAAGAAACGGAAGAAAUCGGAGGGGAAGGAUUGAAAGAGUGAAGUAGAAGAGAUACGAUCGACGAGGCGAAGAAGGGAUAGAAAAGGAAAUCGAGCGGUAUAUAAUGUCGCGAGACUGACGUUACGGAGAGGCACGCUCUCUGGGUGGUGUCCGUACAGCGGAAGUUCCGCCGGUGUGACGAUGAGGAAGCACGUGUGUCCGGCCGUAGCCGUGGUCCUGCUGCAGCGUUCAACCGCGCGAGCCAAGCUGUGCUGACGCUCGCUUCGAUUUCUCGUCGUCGAACAGCGUGUCGCCGGUCGACUCGGAUCCGGGGAUCGUCGAAGGACCCGACGGAGCAGCCAUCCAGCGUCACGAGUAGUGUGGCGGAACGAUCGAGGUGCAGGGGACCGUCGGGAGUGUGUCGGGAACGGAUUCUCCGUCGUUUCAACUCCAUCGUUCCAACGUUAAUAUUCCUCGACGAGGAGAGAGGGGAUCCUUGUAAUAAGAGUAUAAAUACAAAUAAAUACGUCGUGGAAAGAGGUGGGGGAAAGGGUCGAGAGAGAAGAAAAAGUGUGAACUGGAAGACGGACGUUCGGCCAGCGACGGCAUCUGUCUCGUUCCCCCUUGUUGUGGAUUUAUCCUCCGUGAUAUUCGGCGAAAGGAAAUAAUCCGCGAGUCCUUUGAGUGUGACGAAAGAAACGGAAACGGGCAAACCGAUCGCCGCGAUAAGGCGGAUCGAAAAGUGGGGAAACCAGUGUGUGUGAAGUGUUCGAGGUUACUUGCUUAUACUGUGGGAAAAUACAGCCGCUACGGUGGCUCAGCACGCAGAGUUCCCCGGCGCGGCCAGGGCGUUCAUGGCGCAGCCAAGGUAUGACGAUGGAGGGCUGCACUCGAGUUAUCUCGAGGGCGGAGGUGGAGGAGGUGGUGCAGGGCUGUACGAUCCACACGGGAGCGCCCGGGGUGUUCCUGGCCUCCAUCACAGUCCCCACCUCGGGGGCAUGGGGCCCGCGCACCCUCAGUAUCCACCGCCCCCGCCACAGCCACCCCAACACGUUCUCGCGGCGGCGGCCGCGGCUGCAGCAUCCGCGGUACCCGAUGUCCACAAACGCGACAAGGACGCGAUCUACGGACACCCCCUGUUCCCGCUUCUCGCGCUGAUCUUCGAGAAGUGCGAAUUGGCAACGUGUACGCCGCGCGAACCUGGCGUAGCGGGUGGUGACGUGUGCUCGUCAGAAAGCUUCAACGAGGACAUAGCUGUCUUCUCCAAACAGAUCAGACAGGAGAAACCUUAUUACAUCGCCGAUCCGGAGGUGGACUCGCUGAUGGUACAAGCGAUCCAAGUUCUCCGGUUUCACCUCCUCGAGCUAGAAAAGGUGCACGAGUUGUGCGACAACUUCUGCCACCGGUACAUCAGCUGCUUGAAAGGGAAAAUGCCUAUAGACCUAGUGAUCGACGACAGAGAGAGCUCGAAACCGCCCGAGAUGGGGAACGGUUUGGACGGUGGCGGGCCGAGGAGCACCGCGGACAGCACCAGCCACACGGACGGAGCAAGCACGCCGGACGUCAGGCCACCCUCCUCGUCGCUCUCAUACCCUGGCGCGGGCGGCAACGAGGACGCGCGCAGCCCCGGAAGCGGGGGCACACCUGGACCCCUCAGCGCACAGGCGCCCGCUAGUUUGGACUCCUCGGAUCCCGGUAAAUGGUGUCCGCGUAGGGAAUGGAGUUCGCCGCCGGACGCGCAACGAGCGGCGAGCGAUGCGCGUCGUGGCGUUCUUUACUCUUCCGUCUUCCUCGGUAGCCCCGGUGACGCGAGUAACGCGAGUAUCGGCAGUGGCGAGGGCACCGGCGAGGAAGACGACGAUUCGUCGGGUAAGAAGAAUCAGAAGAAGAGGGGUAUCUUCCCCAAAGUGGCGACCAACAUCCUCAGGGCGUGGCUGUUUCAACACCUCACGCAUCCGUACCCUUCGGAAGACCAGAAGAAGCAACUGGCUCAAGACACGGGGUUGACGAUCCUUCAAGUUAAUAACUGGUUCAUCAACGCGAGGCGUAGAAUCGUCCAACCUAUGAUCGACCAGAGUAAUCGAGCUGUAUUUCCGCCAUUGUCUGCAGGUCCUAGCGGGGCGUACAGUCCCGACCCGACGAUGGGCUACAUGAUGGACGGACAGGCGGCGAGCAUGAUGCACCGGCCGCCCGGUGAUCCCACCUUCCACAAUCAGUACCAUUACCCAGAGUACUAUGGACAUCACUUAUAAAGCAGUAGUCGCAAAUGAAGGUAGACGAUGGAAUGACGAUUCUUGCGGAACGGGAAACGUAGCAGCGUGCUCCGGUUGGCGUUAGAGCGGCAAGGUGCAACGGGGGCAACGAGGAAGCGAUUCGCGUCGCCUCCGGCUCGUGAUCGACGCGAAAGAGGCGAGGAGGAGGAAGAGGAUAUUUCGACGUAGCGCGUCGCGGUCUCGUCGAUGGAGGAUGGUGCUCGAGAGCCAGGAGCGCACGAUGCGGACAGUCGAGGCGGAAAAGCACGGCCGUCGGUCCGAUUCUGGAGCAGGAGGAGCAAAAAGAAGGAGGAAGAAGAAAAAGGUGGAGAGGAAAAAAUCGUGGUUUCGAGGUUCGAUGGACCUGCGAGCCUUCUUCCUUCGAUGAAGAGGAAAAACUUGGAGGAGCGAUGGAGGGGAGUGGACCGACCGAGAGGCUUGUGUUGGUACGCGUGGAACCGGAAGCAAGAUGGAGGAGGGAAGAAGAAGGAAGAGGGAAGUCUGAAGAGGGCGCGGCUUGGUACAAGAGGGGAAGAACGGAGGAGCCGCGAGGAAGGGAAAUUCAUGUGAUUGUUCUGUGUACAAAUGUCGCGGUGUAAUAUUGUAGUGAUCGAAGAAUUUAAAUGUUAAAUUUUAAUACACGGUCGCGAUCGAGCUAUUAUUAAUUGAAACGAUUAUUAUUAGGAGGAGGAGGAGGAGGAGGAGGAGGAGCAGGAGAAUUAACGACGAGGUAACCUCGAACAGAGUGAUAUAGGCAAUUUCUAGCGGGCAUGUGUACAUUAAAGGGGUGGUAAAAACGUAAAAAAAAUUAAUAUUAAUAAUAAUAAUAAUAAUAAUGAUACAAAUAAAGAUAAGGUUAAAAAAAAAUGUAAAACGAAAGUGGUAGAGGGAAGAAUUACGAGAAGAGAGAGAGAGAGAGAGAGAGAGAUAGGGGGAAAAAAGUAAAAAAUAAAAAAGCGAACCCGGUGCUCGCACGGAUCCGUUAUACGAUAAUAGAUAGGUGUUCACGUGCUUACGAGAAUCGACGAGAAAUAAUGGAGAUUUUCUAGAGAAAAAGUGCGGACACGAGAGAGAUAUGAACGUUCGAUGGAACGAACGUUGAAAUUCGACGAACGAUCGAAUAUGCGGUAUAUGUAUAUAUAUAUACACACACACGCACGCGCGCAGAUAUGCAUCCAUGUGUAUAGAUAUAUACGGGUAAAUAAAUAAAUAAAAAAAAAAAAUAUAUAUAGAAGAAUAAAAAGAAUUUUAGAUGCGCGAUGGGUGCACGUUUUAAAAAAUUGACGGAUAAAAGAGGAUCGUGAAAAAAGAUGACAUAGAAGAGAAUUAUAGAAGGGAGAUCGGUUUUAAACGCUGUAUUAUCGAAAAAUUGCGCACGCGUGCGUAAUUGCGAAGCGUGGGCUCUAAUUUGUGAUGCUCGGAAACGAGGAGAGUGAGGAAAGGCGCGAGGCUCGACUCGUAAAUGAGAAGGUGAAGAGAAAAAUGCGAGAAAGGAGUAAGGCGAGGAUGGAGAAGAAGAGAACGGCGAGGGAGGAAAGGAAAAAAAAAAGAAACUUUUUUUUUAGGACGUGAAGAAUGAAAUCGACGCGUGUGCCGGACUCGAGCGUCGACCACAUUCACUUGCAUAUAUAUAUAGGUAACAUUGAAAUUUGUACAGUUAUUAAUUAUAAAUGAAUUUACUAAUUAAAGGAGGAAAUAAUUAUAUAUUAUAAAUAUAUACAUAACUGAAGUAACAUGUGCCCCCUCCCCUGCCCCCCUGCCCCGGUUGUAAUAUGUGUAUAUAUAUACACAAGCGAGCGUUUUAAUUGGAAACGAAAUUUGGGACGAUAAUUAUUCUCGUGUGUGUUGUGCCGUGUUCUACUGUUGUGUGCGCUAUUCGGAUGAGAAGACGCGUUGGAAGAAAAAAAAAAAAAAGGAAGGGAGACACGAAGAGCGGGGGGAGAAAAUGCAAGAACGGGAUAAAUUACGCUUGACAACAAACACGGGGAAAUGGCGAGUGCGUGCGUGCGUGCGUGCGUGUGUGCGUGUGUAUGCGUGCGUGUGUGAUGAACGCGAGAAAGAGGAUAAGUAUACGCGAACGAUAGUUGGUGAGGGAUUAUGUAUAUAUGUAUAUAUAUAUUAUGUAUUAUAUAUAUAUAUAUACAUAUAUAUAGAUAUACAAAUAGAAAAAAAAAUAUAGAUACCUACGAGUGGAUCAGACGGUUCUUCAUCGUGACACGGCUCGAUGACACACGGUCAGAUCCCUCAUCCCCCACCCGACCCGAUUCCACACUCAUGGAAAACGAUACACACACGAUCAUCUGACUACAAGCAGACAUACACACACACAUACACCCAUGCAUACACACAGUCAUACAAAAGAAAGAAACAGAGGCGCGCAUGAAACGAGCGUUAUUACCUGAGCCCGCCACCCUCUUCCCGCGCAUCUCAAGGAAAAAGAAGGAAAAGAAAAAGAAAAGAAAAAAAGAAUUCGAGACAGGCAAAGCGGAGAGUGGAAACACGAGAGAUCUAAGUAUAACGCAUGGCGUGUGAAAUAGUUAAUCGGGGCCAUGGCAAGCGCGAAAAGGAUGGAAAGAAACAUCGAAAAUUGGCAAGACUCCAUGUAAGACGAGAAAAGACUCUCUCUCUUUUCCCAUCGUUUCGUUCCUUCCGAGGAGGAAGGUGAAAGGGCGAAGGUAAUAAACGAAGAAUUCUGUGGACCAGAUAGAUCCUCGGCGAACGAUGGAGGAUGAAUCGGGAAAGGCGAGAGAAUCGUAAUUGGGACGAUGGUUGGUUUCUUUCGUUCUUUCGUCUUCUUUGCUUUCCCACCAUCCCUCUUGUCCUUCUUAAAUUAAUCAAAGCAUAGCGAAAUAUAUUUUCUCGUAUCUUGUUAUUUUAUAGAUGUAUAUAUAUCUAUAUACAUUGUGUGUGUGUGUAUAUAUAUAUAUAUAUAUAUAGAGAGAGAGAGAGAGAGAGAGAGAAAGAGAAAGAAAGAGAGAAAGAAAUUUAAUAGCGGUAAUUCUUCUUUGCUUCAGUCUUGUUUAAUCAUUUCGCCCCUCGGCUCGAUUAAUUAAAAUAUCUUAUUUAUUAGAAAAAAAAUAAAUUAUUUCUAAAUCAUUUGGAAAAUUUACACGGGCUUUCUAAUUUCUAAUUUGUUUAUGAAGGAUAAAAGUCGCGUGGAAUUUUUCCGAAAAAUGAAGAAACGAUAUGGAUAUUUUAAUUUUUAAGAGGGGCAGUGAAUAAAAUUUCAAACGUUAAAUAAAUAUUCGCUUCUUUUAAGCGUUAAUUUCGUUCAGUUUCUUUUUUUUUCUUCUUCUUCUUCUUUUUCUAUUCUCUUCGAUUCGAGACGAAUUGGCCCGUUGAAUCUCUUCGAUUUCACCAUCGAAAAGAAGAGAAGCUCGUUGGCUCGAUUUCUGCAUCAAAAUGGGGAAGAAGGGAGGUGGGGGUGGGUUGGUGAAAUUCUCCAGGAUCGUAAUCGAACGACGCCGCAUCGACGUGCCUCGAGCAAGGGGAGAGAAGAUCGGAAAUCAACGAGUUCUCGAGUAUUGCCAACGAUGCAAGAUCGACUGUAUCUUCGUUGAAAUUUUCUCGUUUUCUCCCGAGAGAACAAGGUUGGAAACGAGAUGGAAUUUCUUGCGGAGGAUCCCACCCCGGCGAAACUGUCGAUCGGUGCUCGAGAAUCGAUCCAAGUUCCGCAGGGGUCCUCGGAAACGAUGCAGCUCGUGAAUGUAAUCGCCGUGUAUAUUCGUCGUGGAACGAGUCUUGGAAACUAUCCUUGAAUCUUAUCGUCUAAUAAAAGAUCGCGAAGAUGCGAUGGGCCACUUCGAUCUCUCACUUUCCCUCUAUUUUUCGUUUCCUUUUAACCGUGCCUUGUUCCCUUUUCCAACGAUUCAAAAGUCUCGCUUCGAUUUUAAUCAAAGGUUAAAGAAAAACGUUAUUAACAGAAAUUCUCGAUAAGAGAUAAGAGAAACGGGAAAGCAGAGCGAACGAAUACGAAGGAAACCGCGCGAAAAUUCAAAAUCGCUUGGCCCGAUCAUCUUCCAACGAUCGAAUAGAACAUUCAAAAAAAAAAGGGGGGAUUAAAGAACAAAAAAAAAAAGAAUGAGAGAGGCUUCGAAGAAAAAAAAAUAAAUAAAAGGGAAACGAAUGAAACGUAGAACAAAACGAGACAAAUUUUAUCGAUAUUUUCAAUACGCCCGCAUACACGCAAAAAUCUUGUAUAAAAAUUUUAAUGUAAACACACUGCUCUUGCCGUGAACCGUGGCGUUAAGAGGAAGAGAGAGAGAAAGGGAAAGAGAAAAAGAGAAAGAAAGAAUCGAUGGCAUUAUUUUCCGUUCAUUCGCUCUCGAGACAAGAUCGUUCGAGUAUCGAUCGAGAGAAAUCGUUUCUUCCGCUUGGUAGACAAACGACGACGCGAAACGAUGACUCGAUCUUUUCCUCGGCGCCACGGUGUAGCGGCGUAUUAGUAUACUGAAACAAAGAAAGAAAAAAAAACGAUAACCCACGUAUACCGAAAGACUCAGGUGCGAGAAAAGUCAGUUAUUAAGGUCCUAGUUAAAUUUGGAGAAAAUUCCCGACACUCGUCGAGACCCCAUCGCGACCGAUUUCCUGAUCGGUGAGCGAGCACGCGUGCGUUGCUCCUCUUCACGAGAGCGCUGCGAUCGAUCGUGCGAUCCUCCGUCCUUGAAAAUAUCGAAAUUCUGAAAUUCUCGCUCGAAAAGCCAAAAAACCAAGAAGAAAAAAAAAAGGAAAUGAAGGGUAAAGAAAAAGAAAAAAAUGAACGAACGGAAAAAUAUUUUUAACACCCCCCCUUAGGUUGAAAUUUCUCAAACGACCUGGUUACCUGGAUACACGGUAUACGAGAGGAAAAAGAAAAAAAGAAAAAAAAAAGAAAAAAAAAAAGAAGAAAAAUAGUAGAAUUUCGCGCGCGCGUUCGAAAUCGUCCCGGGGGCUACGACGCGUUUUUUAACGUUUUAAACGCGACCGAGUUUUACCGAUGCUUUUUAGUCAGGCGUUUUUACACGGGGAUCCAGAAUUUUUACAGUUUUACCGAAUGAACCAAUUGAAUCUCGUUCCCAGAAAACUUUUUAUCAGAAAUGUCUGUAUACAUAUAUAUAUAUACACAUAUAUAAAACAGGAUGAUUCACUCGUUGGUGAAUUUUGAAAGUGAGAACGUUCCCGCUUAACAUGGCGGGAUAUCCAACGACGGUAUCAAGAUGGCGAAACCAUUUUUACAACGCACGCGGAUAUAUAUUCCUAGCAAAGUAUCUCAAGAGAUUGUUAUCAGACAGAUCCAUCAUCGAUAUCGUGUAUUCUUUCACAAAUUCACCGACGAGAGAGAAUGAAAGCCUGUAUCACGUUGAGGGACGAUCCUUAACGCUCGGUGAACAACAUCUUGUUAAUUAUCGAUUAUAAGAGACAAUCAUACGAAAGCAACAAGAGCAACACGGCGAGGUUUCGAAGCGCGAGUUCGAGAACGAUAUUGAAACGAGGAGGUGCAUUUUUACGAAUUCUAUUUGUUGAACGAUAUAUUGUUUAAUUUUGUUGACAGGCCGCCUCCCGUUGAUCAUUCUUGAUCCCGAGAUUCGUUCCGUCGUCGUUCGCGAGAGAAAUUUCAACGAGCGGAGGAGAGGGGGAAAAAGAAAGAAUAACUUUCUAAAAAUUCUAAUCUCUGACCUAAGCUGAUCGGCGGUUAAAAAAUUACAGAAAUUACAGAAAUUAUUUUGGACCGUCACUUCUUUCUGUGCGAUUAUCCUCGUAUCGUGCAAACCGAACCGCGAUCGUUUAUUAUUUUUCCAAUGGGACGAAGACCGGUUGCAUCGGAAAGGGAUAUUGUCGUCGUUGCGUCCGCGAUCGUCUGUCCGCUUCAUUUCUCCGUUGCCACAGCGCGAGCUUUCGUCCACGAAAGUUGUACGAGCUCCGUCUUUUUUAUCCCGCUCGCUGACACAUCCAUCCCCGACGACGAGUCGGAGAACGCGAUCAAUAUUUUCGUGGAAAUGCCCGGUGACGCGUUACGCGGCGAAGAAAAGAGGGAAACGGGGGGAGAGAAAGAGGGAAUAUGGAAAAAGAAAAGAAAAAAGAAAAAUAAAAGCAGGAUCGCACGAACGAUUAACGAGAAGAGCCUAUACAAAAGGGCGCGAGAUGUAUAGGCGCGUGGAAAGGAAAGGGACAAAAAAAAAGAGAGGAAGAAAGAAAGGUAGAAGGGAAAAAAAAAAAGAUGGAAAGAGGGAAUACAACGGUUUCCGGCAGCGGUUUACAGAAAGAGAGUGAUGUGAAGAUGGCGGCGUACGUUUAUUGGCUGUUCGUUUUUCUAAAUGAGUUCACCCGAUUGAAUGAAUCAUCGCCUUAAAAAUGUAUACGAAGUAACAGUAAGGUAUCUAAGUAAUAAUCAUAUUAGAGAAUAAAGAAACUUAAAAACAAAGAUUUUAUGAGCGACGACGAGAGAGCGGCUAUGGGGCAAUGAGAGAGUGAAAGAGUGUGCGUGUGUGUGUGUGUAUGCGAAAGAGAGACAGAGAGAGUGAGAGAGUAAUAGUGCAACGACGCGGCGUUGAUGAAUCGAAGAUGCGAUCGAAUGAAAAACGAGUGAAGAGCGAGUGGAACGAGAAAGAGAGAGAGAGAGAGAGAGAGAGAGAGAGAGAGAGAGAGAGAAGGCAGAAAAAUGGGAAAGUAAUGUAUAAUUAUCGUGUAAUUACGGAAAGAAUGUUAGCAACCAUGUCGCCGGCGUUGGCGAUGAUGAUCGUAAUGACGAGAGGCGAUAAUAUAUAUAUGGAAACGUGUUUGUUGGCCGCUUGAAGAUCGCGGACCAUCGUCAUUAUGAUCAUCAAGUGGUGAAAACGAUUACGAUAACGCAGAUGACGAUAGCUGAUAACCACGAUACGAUGCUGCUGCUGCUGAUGAUGAUGAUGAUGAUAUACGAUGAUGAUUAUGAUUAUGCUGAUGGUGACGAUGAUGUGUAUAGUAAGCUAAAAAUUUAUUAUAUCGGUAUGGAAUCAGAUUUUUUCAACUGUUUGCGUAUUGACGACCUAUUGACACCCUUUAAGUAAAAAAGAAAAAAGAAAAAAAAAAUGUGAGAUUAAAAAGGAAGAGAAUAAAAAUAUAAAGAGAAAAAAAAGGGGGGGAAAGGAAAAAAAAGCAAGGAGGAACGGUAAAUAAAUGAAUAAAUUACAGGAAUAAAAAAGAGAAACAGAAAAAAGAAAAAAAUAAGUAUGAAAUCGAAUCGAACUGUUUGUGUUCUGUGUUUGUGAAAAUCGGUCGAACAAAACAACCGUUUCUUCGAUCGUUGUUCCACAAUGAUUGUGAUAACGCGACGACGCGGAAAUUAUACGCGUGCACGGGGGUUCGUUCCUCCUUCGACCCCUCGAGAAAAUCGGUUGGGGGGGCGAGGAUUCGUUUUGAUCCCCCGCGUCGAUCCACGUAAUAUUCUCGUCUCUGGAGAGAGAGAGAGAGAGAGAGACAACGCGGAUGGAAGCGACGGGACAAGGCGAGCAAAAAAAAGAAAGAAAAGAGAGAGAGAGAGAGAGAACGAACGAAAAAAAGGGGGAAAAAGAAACGGAAGAAAAACACAGUGAACGGAAACUGAUACCUGUCGAUGUAAAAUAUUAGUAUUAACGUAACGUGGGAUUACGUGCACACACGCGUCCAUCCGUUAACAGAGAAAAUGUGUCUGGACACGCGCGUACACGCGUCCCCGGCUUUGCGUGAGAGGCGUAUCGCAGGCGUCUCGGGCGUAUAUAAGAGGGAACAGAGUCGAUCAAUCGCGUGAAAAUUGGCCCGGAUCGAUUGUGUUCAAAACACUCACGGAUCGCAACGUGAUGACGAUGAAAGGAAGGACGAUGUCAAAGGUGGUCUAUGUUAGAGAGUGUCCAUUGUAUAGUGUUUUUUUGAAACGUGAGCAUUAAAUGCUACAUCUUGUGUA